AUGCCUUUGCUCAAAGACCUGAACUGCUCAAUCGAGCUCUCGGACGACCAAGAGCCGUUGCAAGAGCUUGGGACUGUGUACGGAGAUGCCUGCGUCGAGACCUUCGUCCCUGUGCCCAAGAAGCAGCAGACGUUCACAGUGCACCUCUCGUCUAAGAACUUCAUCGCACCAGGUAUUGCCAUGUAUGUGUUCAUUGACGGUAUCUACCAGUGCAACCGCAACAGGCAAAACAUGAAGCUCCGAAGGCCUCCAGACCGUCGCUCGCUCGUUGACUUCAAGGUUAGACAGAAGGAAGAGAGACAGAAAGAUGGUUCAAUGAUUGCGCGAGAGUGGACAUUCGAGAAGCUUGAUCAUGCAUCAGCAGAUGGUGCACCCGACUCUUGUUCACCGAAUAUCCUUGAGAACAUCGGCUGCAUCGAAGUCGUGGUCCUGCGCUGCGCUGGACCGCGCAACGUCAAAACCACUGCGAAUAUGAACCUGGACGGCGCAACCGAUUAUCCUGACUACCACUUCGAUCGCGAUAGCCGAUCUCGAACGACAGCCUACGAUGACCGCGACCCGUUUGUCAGUACCGCUAGCAACAAACACGGCCCGCCACCAGCAGUACCUUCUUACCGCUCGCCUUAUGCUGAGACGAUGCGCAGCCGUGAACACUCGAAAAGAGCAUACUCUCGAUACUCUGAGCCUGUCAGUCCAGGCAUGCGUCCUCAACGUGACAUUCCAGCUCCAGCAUUUCAGUACGGCAGCGGACCACUUCCGCCACGAUCAAGGGCAGAAACCCACAAGGAGCUUAUGGACGAGGUCGCGCCAAGCAGCUUGUCAAGAGGUGCUCCCACAAUUGACCAUGAUAUACUCGGGAAGAUUGUUGCAGAUGCCGUAAAGCGCGGUGUGGAAGAGUCGAGAAAGAAGGACAAGCCUGAUGGAAGUCGAAUGGGCAGUCGACGAUCCGAACAUGACGUGGAAGACUCCAGUCAAGUCCCUGGAGCGUGGCCAGCAUCUCCAACUCAUGCAUCGAAACAUCGUUCACAGAGAUGGACACCUUCUGGGCGCUACGACCGUGACCACGACCGCCAUGACCAUGACUCGACUGGGGAACGGCAUCCAGAUGCCCCGAAGCGCCGUCCAACUCGAAGCAGAGCAGAAACACGGAUCGCUUGGGAUGAGGAGCCCGGUUGGGACAAGCAGUCCAGAGCUGACGGAUGGAGCUCACCAGGCGACAAUCCUGCAGACUCCUGGGGCACAGAAGAGACUUGGUCAAAGAAACCGCCUGAUGACUGGGAGGAAGUUCGACGAAGAUCAAGGUCCAGAAGCCGCACUGUUCGCACCCCUUCUCCUCCUCGGCGGGCAUCUCACAAUUCGGGUCGCGUCUCUGAUCGCCGACAUUCAAGACAUGACCGCUCUCACGAGUCUCGAUCCAGAUCUCAUUCUCACUGGGUAGAUGAGACCAAGUCAUCCUCGGAAGACAACGACGGCUGGACUCGUAUCGAAGCACCUUCGGACUCCACCACGUCUCUUGAGCGGUCAGACUCUACGCUUAAGCCCUCGCAUUCUCGCAGCCAAGUACAGCCACCCAGGAGCAAAUCUGCUCGACGAAGCUCCGGACGAGAGCGUAGCCGGAAUGGCCACGAGCGAAAGCUAUCACAGCUUGUCGAAAACCCACAGUGGCAUCCUGAAAGCGUGCACCAUGCCCGCCCUCCUUCCGUGUUGGUGACGAACGCAUCUACUCUGAUGUCCGCUCCCAUUUCGCACUACCCAGCGGACGUUCGAUCUCGAAAGCCAAGUGCUUAUACUCAGCCUGCUGCGUCGAUCAUAGCACCGCCACCGACAUGGGGUUGUGCCUCUGAAAAAGGGCAUAAGAAUAGUGCCGCUACGACUUACCUGCCUCCUGCUCCAUUCAGUACAAUCGGCGCAGACCGUCACGAGAGCCGACAGUCCAGCGGCUCGUCAUCGUGGGGAAUCACAGGCAAGGUUGCAUCGAAGGAGGAGGACAGAAAAAGCUUGCCGCAGCAGUUCACUUGGGGCGACGACAAGAACUCUGAAAAGGCUCAGAGCGCCUGGGGAAAUGUUGGUAACAAGACGACUGACUGGAAUAACGACCAAACAAAGGGCUGGGGAGAUAGCGAUGCUGCUGAGCAGAAUGAUGGUAGCUGGAACAAUGAUGAGAAGGGUGACAGUGGAUGGGGCAUCUCAAACGACACAAAAGACGCAGCAGCCGACGGCUGGAACACGAACAACAACAACAACAACAACGAUAACUGGGGCCAGACCGAUACGAAAAUCGCAGCGGUUGAUGGCUGGAAUACAGACAACAAGAACGACAACUCAAAAGACGAGCAGAACGACACCGAUGGCUUCGAGGGAUGGGACGCCAACAACGCUUGGGGUGCCGCGCAGGACACAGACACCGCAUGGGACCAGCCGCAAGAUACUACCAAAGACGUUCCUUUCAGCGCCGACGCCGGUAACAGCUGGGCAGCACCAGCAGCACCGGUAGCCGACGACAAGGCCACCGAGAAAGCUAAGUCGUCUUCGAUUUCCAAGCGACACACCUCCAAGUCUCUGUCCAAGUACCGCCAACUCUCGUCCCCAUCCCUCGCACCAAAAGCCCACUGGCAAUUCCCCCCACCGUCCUCGAAAAGGACACUCCGCCCCGCAACCUCAGACCAAGCAAGCGAGAAGUCAGGCCGAACAAGACUCCUUCCAAGCGUACCAUCCGAGCCGCUCUACAAGAUCCCCAAAUCCGCCGCCGACGAAAAGGGAAUCCAGCAUCAGGUUCUCGCCGGCCCUGGAACAGAGUACGGCCAUGCGGUCAGUCGACCAGAGUAUCUUGAUGGUUUGGAUAAGCCGUAUGCGGUGUUCCGGUUCAAGUAUCGCAGUCGGAGUAUGCUGAGGGGUAUGUUUGGAAGUGAUUGUCUGAGUAAGAGCGGGACAGCGCCCAAGGUUGUGGGGAAAGAGGACUUGAAGGCGUUGCCGCAGGAAGAGUUGAUCAAGAAGAUGAUGGCGUUGCAGAGCAAGCUGGAGGAGAAGGAGGGUGGGAAAGAUGGGGGUGGGGAUGAGGUGAGCCAGUGUACGGAGAGCGUGGCUAAGGAUCUGACGGAGAAGUGGGUGAAGGAUCAUUCGAGGAAUCCGUCGGAGCAGGGGAAGGCGAAGGCGAAGAGUGAGAAGAGCAAAGCGAAGAGUGCGGAGAGCAAAGCGAAGAGCGCGGAGAAGGUCGCUGGGUGGGACGAUGGAGCUGAAGACUGGCAGAAGAACGUGAACUGGUGA